GCACGAGCCUCGGUUAUCUACCGUCGGGCAACUGAAGGGUGCGAAUCAGAUUUAAGAUAUCCAGCAAAUCAGAACCAUUUCUAUGCCCUAAAUUAUAAUGGCUGAUUAAACCUGUCAGUGCUUUUGGGCAACUUUGCAGUAGUUUAAAAUGACAGCUAACAGUGUGGAUAAAGUCGCUGAGUCGCUAACUGAUUUCAUACGCUCCAUUGCGUCGGAUGCGUGUUCUAUGGAUGAGAUCCCCACAGAUAUACCGAGUGGCUUUCCUCAUGUAGACGUGGGAAGCGAGGCAUCAGGAGGUGCUCUGGGAGCGGACAGUUUCUCUAAGGACAAGCGCGUUGCUGACUUUAUUGAUCCGAACAGCACUGAGAGUUCUCCUCUCGCCUACACGGGCAAAAUUUCCAUCGGCGCUCAGUGCGCACACGGCAGCUGGAACUCGGACAGCUUGAUAAACUUUGUCUGCGCAGACGUACAAAGCGCUGCACCUGCUCUCACCUCUUUCCCUACCGCCUCUCCAGGACCCACAGACCUCUCAGGGGCUCCAGCUUCUUCCAAAGGCCACGAGAAGGAUAUGGAGCACAUGUAUACAUCACCUCCACCUUAUACAUGUAGCGCGGAUGGCUACCAGGACCCUUCGACCUACCUAUCCACCAGUACAUGCCCGAUAACGUACCAGUCGGCUUCUUACACAUCCCCAAAGUCCACUAUAGACGGUGCGCUUUUCUCCCUCAUCCCAGAUUACGGAGGUUUUUACCAGGGCAGCAGCCAAAGAGAUGCUCCAGUCUUCCAGGAUCGAAAACCGUUCUCCUGCUCUCUGGACUCUGUUAGAGUUCCUCCGCCUCUCACUCCGCUGAACAUGAUAAGAAAUUUUACUCUUACGUGUCCCGUGGACGGAUUGAGGCCACCCGCGGACUCCAACCCCCAGAGUGUCCCGUUACGACCAAUACUGCGACCGAGGAAGUACCCGACCCGGCCAUGUAAGACCCCGGUCCAUGAACGGCCGUACCCGUGUCCAGCAGAGGGCUGCGACCGCAGGUUCUCGCGCUCCGACGAGCUCACGCGCCACGUGCGCAUCCAUACCGGCCACAAGCCAUUUCAGUGCCGCAUCUGCAUGCGCAGCUUCAGCCGCAGUGACCACUUAACCACGCAUAUCCGCACGCACACGGGUGAGAAGCCCUUCUCGUGCGACUUCUGCGGCCGGAAGUUUGCCAGGAGCGAUGAGCGAAGGAGGCACACAAAAAUCCACCAAAGACAGAGAGAUAAAAGGGCGAGCGCUGCCCAGACAUCAGGUGCUCAGGGCACCAUGUGAGAAAUACAUGUCCUUCUGAACCCUGACCACGUGACAAGGAAAGAGAGAUGGACAGAGGACCUUACUGACCACCUUUCAGCACGAGACAUCGUAUUGUUUAAAAGGGUACGUCCCAAACCUUUAAUUAACCAGGACAUACAGAGUUCAGGGGCACGAGCUCAGAUUAAACACAUCCACAUGUUCUAACUCUGGUCUUGGAGUACCCCCUGUCCUGCACAAUUUAAUGUAUUUCCUAUUCUAACACAUUUGAUUCAACUAAAUCGUGUGUGUUAGAGCAGGGAAACCACUCAAAUGUUCAGCACGGGGGUACUUCAGGACCUUGGUUCAGCCCUUUGUAGGCUUUAGAUUAAUUUUAUUUAUCAUGUGUGUUGGAAAGGCUGACCUAACCAGUGAGAGUCUGCGGGAAAUGAGGCCUCGAAGGAAUUAAAGGUAGCAUUUUGAAAGAGAUAGAAAAGGUUGUCCACAGAGACUGCAUUUGUACAGGGCCUAAAAUGUAGAAUAUGAAAUAUAAACAAGCAAGAGCUUAACUGGAUAUAUUUUUACAUUGUUAUUUCACUUGAAGCCCUCAUACCUCUCUCUUUUUUUACUCACUGUGUAAUAUGAAAUGACUAAAUUACCGAUUCAAUCAAGUUCCUAACAGUAGCAUUGAAACUUGCUUGCAAGCUUAGUUGGUAAACCUCUAUUUAGUUAAUAUACCAGCUUUUCAGGAUAAAUUGUUUAAAUCUUAGGUACAAAGAAUUGAAAUCCAGUAAAACAGCAAUGUUUUCUUGGCAGCUAAUUUUACUAAUUGAUAAACAUUACUAGAAUGGCAAGGUUAAACCUACAUACAUUGAAUAUAAUCACAUAUUGUUCACCUGUUUUAGUCAUGUUAACAGGUUUUUUUCUUAAGCCAUUUUGUUUAUAUUAUUGCUGUGAUUCUUACUUUGCCUACAACAUAUCUGUAACUCAAAUGGUGCAGUUCUGCAAAAAAAGGUCCUAAAGAAUGACCCCACUCUCUGCAUGGGCAAGGGUAAUAAAAUCGGUAUGUAAAGACAGUAUGAUACAGCAAAGUACUAUGCGAUUUCUGACCUGGCCUGUGUGUACAAAUCAGAGGCAGCUUUAUAUGAGUCUUGUGUAUGGCACUGUUUAUGUAUUUUACAUGAUCAGGGAAAAAAACCCCUGCUGUUACAAGUAUGCUAUUUGAGCUCUGUAUAUUUUCUUUCUUUUAAAGUCUUUGGUCCACUGUUUUAAAGUUUGUAACUGAUGAUUUCCAUUGUAACAUUCCCAGAUCACUUUAUAGAAUUAACUGCUGCUUUUUGUUACCAGUGAAGUAAUGCUCACUUUACUAUCUUACUGUGAUUUUUGAGCUCAUUUUUUUUGUGAAAAACUGGGCCUUUGCCAAGAACUUUACAUUUGUUUCUACUGUUCGUUGUACACAAAAGUGUGUCCGGAUCAUGCUAUAAGGUGUGAAUCUGUAAAUAACUGAAUUAAGACGAUGUAGAUAUGCUGUACAUGCUGUGCUGUAAAGUGGGGAGUUCUAAAGUGCCAGGCAUUAUAUAUUUAUACCACUAGAGGCUACCCUUUGAUAUCUUUGGUGAGACAGGAAGGUAAUGUGAUUAAACCGAAGAUCCCAGUUACACCUGGACAUUUCAUACUUCUUGUAUCUGGGAUUAAUCCUGAUGAGAUUUUAACCACAUGCCACAUGACUGCAAUCUGCCUCCAUGUGCUAAUAUGCAAAUCAGCCCAUUACUUUAAAACAGCAACUUACAUCAUUGUUCCAUAGUUAGUUUAUUUGAAGGCUGCUGUGUGAGGAUUUUUCAUAACCUUUUAAAUCUCACUAGUUUUAACAGGACAAACAUUCAUGGAAUGAGUAUAUCAAAUUAAUUGACAUGUAUAAUGUGGUCACCUUUGUUAAUGGUUUGAUUGAUCAGAUUUAAAAUGUUUAAAUUGUGUCUUAAGUGAAUUUACACUUUCAUUUUUGUGUAUUAUUUCUACCUGGGUGUAAUCGUGAUGCUCAAGACGAGAGAGAGAGAGAGAGAGCGAGAGGACAUUUGCUUUUAAAAUAAUUCAGACAUAAUUUUAAGGAAAUCAGAAAUUUAUUGUUAGGAUUUAA